AUGGCGGAAAUAUACACCGAGGCCGGCCGCAUUCUGACGGCCAUGGAGACCCGAAGCAUGGGCCUCCGCGCUGCGCUCUACGAGGGAGGACGAGGCGACAAACACAACCCGCUUAUUCCCAAGGUUUGCGCUCUCGUCUGUCGGACUCUGGAGCACAAGCGCGAGCUCGAGGGCCUUCUCCUUUCGACCGGUCUUCUGCGCGAGGCGUCCUGCGCUAAGGGGCAAGAACCUGGACUCAGUGGAGAGGGCGAUGACGACAUCCGCUUCCUUGAGAAGCACCGCGGCUUGGUCUUCGCGAUGGCGUUCGACUUUCUCUUUGGCCGCAAAAAGAUCCUCGGGGGCGGGCGAUGCAAGCGGCUAGUCGUGGAGCGCCUCCAGGCGCUCCGCCGCGACCUGCUAGCCCGGGGCGUGGCGGCAGCCGCAGAGCGAGGAGGGCGUUCGAAGCGCGCGCGGAGUGAAGGCGAAUCUGCUUCCGCGGCCGACGGCGAAGCUCCAGAUGCGCGCAGACGGAAGGGCAAGAAGCAGCGCCGCGAGCGAGACGCAGACGAUGCGUCGGUUGCUCUCGAUCCACUGCUGCCCUGCUGCGGGCUGCGCGUCGCGGCGGCGUCCUCGCGCCUCCUGCUGCACUCCGCAUUUGUCCGCGAGGGCCUCGUGGCCAUGCAGGAUCGCGCGAGUUCGCUGGCGGCCAUCGCCGCCGAAGUCACGCCGGGAGACGUCGUCCUAGACGCCUGCGCAGCCCCCGGCAGCAAGACGCUGCACGUGCUUGAUCGGCUGCGAGGCCGCGGAAGACUAGUUGCGCUGGAGCGCGACCGCACGCGUGCGGCGGCGCUCCUUCGUCGUCUGCUGCGUCAGGGCGGCCUCGACGGUCCGUUCACCGACGCGCGGUGUCUGCCGCGGUCGCGUCUCUCGGCUUCGGCUUCCGCGCCGUCGCCUGACUCUUCGAAAAAGGGGAUGCGGGCGCGCGACGCGGACGGCGGAGACUGCGAAGCAACCCGAGGGGUGGGCGAGGGGGGCACCCGCGUCUAUGAGGCCUACGCUCAGUACGCGACUCGGCGACCCCUCUACUUCACACGAGCCAGUGCGGCGACAAGCGCGGAGGAGUCGACGUCUCCGGACUCGUCGGGGGCUUCGACACCGCGGCCAUCUUCUUCACCGUCGCCUUCCGCGCCUGCGCCCGGCGCGGACGGCCUUCCCGCGCUCUUGGUGGAGGUGCGCGUGGUCGACUUUCUGAGUAUCUCUGGCGCGUUGCCGCCCUUCUGCUUCGUUCAGAAGAUGCUUCUCGAUCCCUCCUGCUCGGGCAGCGGCCUGCCGCUACACCUGUCACAUUCGCAAAUCGAUCUCCCUUCCAGCUCGUCUGUCUCUUCGGCCUCGCGCGUCUCGUCCUCGUCUUCUUCGGCUGCGUCGCGGACGUCGCGGGCGCCUGCGCAGGCCUCUUCUCGCCCAGCAGACCUAGCGGCCUCGGCCUCGCCUGCCUCGCUGGGCUUCUGCGCGCUGCCACCGCUGGAUGCGCUCUCGCGGCUCUCUCCGCCCCCCUGGCACCUCUCGCGCGUGCGGCAGCUCGCGAGCUUCCAGCGGCGCCUGCUGACGCACGCGCUGACGCAGUUUCCGCGGCUCACCGUCUGCUGCUACUCGACCUGCUCCUCGUACGUCGAGGAGAACGAGGCAGUCGUGGACUACGCCUUGGCCAGUCUGCGUGGCGACCAGGAGAGCAGGGAGAAGCGGGCGCACGCAGACGACGCAGAGGCAGGGGGUGCCUGGAGGCUGCGACGCGGCCGCGAAGUCGACACGCGCUGGUUCCCCUCGCCGGAGCUCCUGAAACGGAUGACGCAGAAGCUGCGCCAGGAAGUCGAGCGCGGCGGCGACGAGGCGCCGGACGCGGCGCGCGACGACGCGCCGCGCAUACAACAGACGCGCAGCAGCAGCGAAGGCGGGGCGCAGCCUGCGAAGGAGAUCGAGACCUGGAGAGAGGCGCUGCAGACUUUUGGGCCCUGCUGCAUUCGCUCGAGCCCCGGCACGCACUGUUGCCGAGGCUUUUUCCUGGCGCGGCUGGAAAGGGCACCGCCGGCAGCGAGCGAGUCAGAACUUUGGCAGGAAGGAAGCAACGGGAAUUCAGAGGGCAAGGAAAGGCGAGUCCUUGGACUGCAGGCAGACUCGGCCAAACAGCGAGACGGCGAGCCGGCAGGCAGGCGCGGGUGGCGGCAGUCAGAGGCGCGCCACGAUGCGACCGGGGCCGGUGCGGCGGCUACCGCCCCGCCCGCAGCCCGGAAGGACACGAACCCAGCGAAAAAGACGAGCCGAUCGCGCGCAGCGUUUCAAAAGGGGAAACUGAAGAAAGGCCUCAUCAUUCACUGA